AUGACGACGACCAGAAGAUAUACCCCAAACGGAAGUGAAAAUAUACCAUUCAAGAAACACACGCAGACGAAACCAGAAAACUACAAAGAAAUAGAGUUUAUGAAGGAGGAACACGUGCAAUACGAUUCUUUUACUCAUCCUCCCAUUCCAAUAAAACUGAGGAAGAAAAUCGAGAAAAGAAUUUCAUCUCAAUCGGUAAAAAGCAUUUCUAGCAGCGUGGCUUCAGCUGAAGACGCAGACAAUGAACAAGCUAAACAUGAGUUUUCUCCUCAGCGCGCUUGGGCUGAGUUCAAUGAUACUAUUGUUGACCUUGAUGACACUCAUGUUUAUUUCAAUCAGAAAAAGGAACAUCGUGCUGCCGCCAGUACAACAUUCAGAAAAGCGCUGGAGGAUUUAUGUGGAAGUAAUUUAUAUGAAAUUUGUGAUUAUGAAUCUAGUCCGAUAGAUGAAGCGAAAAUAAUUCCCGUAAUCACUGACGAUAAAUUGGAUAUAAAAGCUUAUGAUGAUAAAAGGCUUUUUCCUACUGAAACCGUUGAUGACAAAAAGAGUUUAUUACGAGUUGUGGAUAACACCAAACAGAGCGGCGAAGAACAAGUUGAAGACGUUGACAACGUCACUAAAGAGGUCGCUAAACGAGGGUGGAAGGUUCUUAAGAGGCAGGUGAACGAAAGCAUAUUAGAACACAACAUUCAAACCCAUAAGCUCAACUGGACCAUGUUGCGACACACGAUCCGGCAGUUGGCAAACCUUGAAGACUCACGCCAGGAUUUGUAUGAACGAUAUGGUGUCGUUCCGACAACGCUGCCAGAUGGCAGUGUCGUCUGCGAGAACCGGAUGUUAAGUGAUCGCGCGCGUGCAAAGAUAUAUAGUCAGUUAGAUGGGGAGAACGUGCAAAAGCGACCGAAUAGUUAUCAACCACCGGCACUACAAACGAGGAAUCAGAUGCAGAAAGAAUAUGAACAACGCCCAUGUAACAAGACGACCGGAGUUUCGAAUAUGACAAAACGGAGGUGUCGUUAUAGCCGAGCAGUUACAGCUACAUGACACAAUUAAAACAAUGCAGAACCCACUUAGAAAUAUUCGUUUGUGUAGAAAGAAAUAUAUCAUUUAACGGCUCGAAAAAGCAUGACAAAAUAACUGAUUACUUUUUGUUUUGCACAAGUUAAUUUAAUUAUAAAUUGGCAUUGUGGUAUAUUUCUUAGUUUCCGAAGCGACAUUGUUAAUGGCACAUACGUUUAUUUAAAUGUCGGUCUAUAAAUACAAUAACGUUAUCUUGAUUCGAUGAAAUCAUCAUAUUUAUGAUAUUUAUGAAAUCUAUCAUGUUAACCCAUAGACGCACUACUUUUAACUGUAAUUAUUUCUAACAUAAACAUACUUUUAAUUACUGCCAUACAUUCUUACAUAGACGUACUACUUAUUACUGUCAUUAAUUAUAACAUAGACGCAUCACUUGUUACUUUCAUUAGUUCUAACACAGACGUACUAUUGAUUACUGACAUUAGUUAUACCAUGGACUCUUU